UGCCCAAUUUCAAAGAUGGCGACCUCAAAAGGAGCAAAUACGUAUAAUCGACAAAAUUGGGAAGAUUCGGAGUUCCCAACUUUGUGUCAGACAUGUUUGGGAGAUAAUCCUUACAUCAGAAUGACCAAAGAGAAAUAUGGACGAGAAUGUAAGAUCUGCGUGCGACCCUUCACAGUAUUCAGGUGGUGCCCUGGAGCACGCAUGAGGUUUAAGAAGACAGAAGUCUGCCAGACAUGUUCAAAAAUAAAGAAUGUUUGCCAGACCUGCCUCUUAGAUUUAGAAUAUGGUUUACCAAUUCAAGUUCGGGAUGCAGCACUUAAGAUUCAGGACGAGAUGCCUAAGUCUGAUGUCAACAAAGAAUAUUACACACAGAAUAUGGAAACAGCUAUAACAAAUUCAGAUGGUGUCAGCCCAGUCGGUGCACUUGCUGGGAAAGCCCAAGCUACCAGUGAUAUGCUCCUUAAGCUUGCUAGGACCACGCCAUAUUACAAACGUAAUCGACCACACAUUUGCUCUUUCUGGGUGAAGGGAGAGUGUAAAAGAGGGGAGGAGUGCCCAUACAGACACGAGAAGCCCACAGAUCCAGAUGACCCUCUUGCCGAUCAGAACAUCAAAGACAGAUACUAUGGUAUAAACGAUCCUGUCGCAGAUAAACUGAUGAAACGCUACACAAGUAUGCCAACAUUAGAGCCUCCAGAAGACAAGACUAUAACCACACUGUAUGUGGGAAACUUGGGGGAUAAACUGACAGAAAAGGACCUUAGGGAUCAUUUCUAUCAGUUUGGUGAAAUCCGUUCAGUCACCAUGGUAACGAAACAACAAUGUGCAUUCGUACAGUUCACACAGCGGCAGGCAGCAGAAGGAGCCUGUGAGAAGUCAUUCAAUCGGUUGAUCAUUGGUGGGCGCCGGUUGAAUAUCAAGUGGGGCCGAUCCCAGGCUGCUCUACCGGCACCGAAACAAGACGGUAGUGACAAUGAAAAGCCUUUCGAACCAGUACCUGGAUUACCUGGGGCAUUACCGCCACCUCCAGAAGAGAUGGGUGAUAUGGGAAGUAACUUCUUUGGUUUGGCAGGACCCCCACACAUGAUGCCACUUCAUCCUGGUAUGGGUCCGCCUAUGAUGAGAGGUCCACCGCCAAUGGGUUUCAUGCAUCGUCCACCUCACUAUGGACCACCUCCAGGUAUGCGUCUUCCUCCCCCACCCCCGGGCAUGAUGCCCAUGAGGCCACCCCCCAUGCGGCCACCGGUACCACUUCAGAGGGGACUGAUGCCGGUCCACUACCCAUCUCAGGAUCCUUCACGUAUGGGAGCACCAGGAUUAACGCUUGUAGGAGGACCAGUGUCGACAUCAUGAUAAAUUCGAUAUGACCUUGAUGUUUACAAUGAUUUACAAAUGGAAGCUAAGCUUGACAGACUUUAAUCAUGUUGAUCUAUCAGAAUUUUGGAUUUUCAUCAGUUUUAUUCAAGCCUGGGGAAACCGAAUACAGAUAAUCCUCAAACAACUUAACAAGGCCUUCAAAAUGAGCUGGUAAUAGUCCUCUGUCUUUGUGUUAAAUUUUUAUUGACUCAUAGUAACUUUUAGAUUCUAAAAAUGUUUGGUUUUAUCUUGAUGGUCAUUUUACCCAACUCAACUGUUGCACUCCUUUAACCCCUGCAAAAGAGGUUUUUUGGAAAUUGUAGGUGGUACAUGAUAAUGUGGCAGAUCUCCGAGUCCCUGCAUUGGCCUCAGAGGACAGGGAGAUUGGUUGCCCAUAAGACCACAGUAUUUGGAAUGUAUGAUUCCCAGGUGUUCACAAUUUUUGUGAAAUUACCAGCUCAUAAUGUUCAGUGUUGUGGGUUGUUGCAAGCGUAAAUGCAUAUUUGAAAUGUACAGAAAAUGAAACAAAUGUGGAAUUCUCACACGACUCUGAGGGAUGCAUUUAAUAAAGAAAUAUUUUAAAACCCA